GUAUAAUCUAUCUAGAGAGAUAUGAUUUAUUAAUUUAGUGGGUGUCAAUAAUACAUACUACAAACACACACACAUUCAGAAUAAAUCAUGGAUUAUCUAAAAUUCUCGUUAAUACUUUUGGCUGGAUUAUUUUGCUACUUUGAUAUUGGUCAUGCUAAGUCAUGCGUCACACCUGAUGGAGAUGACGGCGAAUGUCUUCACAUCGAUGCAUGUCCAACACUCAAAUCCGCGUUAUAUCGCAUAACCGGUCAAGAAGAAAUUAUGGAAACAAGUGAAUUUUUAAAUGCAUCCACUUGUAGCAUCGAUCCAGCCACUGGUGAUCGUAUUGUUUGCUGUCCAGAUGAAUCUGAAAUGGAAAAAGUACCAUUAGAUCCAAGUGAACAGAGAUUUGGUAAAAUUGAAUUACCUGAUCCAGACACUUGUGGUAUAAGUCAUGCUAAUGAUGCUUACUCCAGAAUUGUUGGAGGUUUCAAAGUAGCCAAAGGCCAAUUUCCAUGGAUUGUUGCAUUGGGAUAUAAUCGUGGUAGCGCCUACUAUCCAGAUUACGAAUGUGGUGGUUCCUUAAUUUCCCCCAACCAUAUUUUAACUGCUGCUCAUUGUAUUGAUAACCAACCGCUAGUUAAGGUCAAAAUUGGAACAUUAAACCCAUUCGGUUCAGCUUACAUGACUGGUGAUAUUGUGGAAUCAUAUAUGCAUGAAAAAUACAAUAAUGUUACAAAUGUUAACGAUAUUGCUAUUAUUAAAGUACAAUGGAAGAAUUCAAGAGGAAAAGUUACUGAUUUCACACCAAGCAAAACUGCCGAUACAAUUUGCUUACCAAAAACGGAUGAAUUACGUAAGAAGACUUAUGAACGAUAUUAUCCAUUCGUCACUGGAUGGGGUCUUCAAGAAUGGAAUAAAACUGAAUCUGCCAGCAAUAAAUUAUUAGCCGUUCAAGUACCCGUAGUAAAAAAUCAAUUAUGCUUCCAAAAAUACAAAAAUUUCAAACGUACCAUUAUCAAUCCAAACGUAUUAUGUGCCGGCUAUAUGAAAGAGAAACAUGAUUCAUGUCAAGGUGAUUCAGGUGGUCCAUUAAUGUUACCAAUCUUAGUUGAUGGUGAAUCACGUUACUAUCAAAUUGGUGUUGUAUCAAAAGGUUAUCGAUGUGCAUAUCCUGGUAUGCCAGCUGUAUAUACCCGUGUCAGUAAAUAUAUUGAAUGGAUUACCCAGAAAAUUAAUUUGUAAGCUCUUUAUACAUAUUUUAUUAUAAAUGAAAAUGAAUGGUUGGUUGUUGGUUAUAAUGUGGGUAUAUAUAUGGAUAUCUAUCUGUCUGUGUGACAGUGGGUGAUGGUUAAAAAGGAUAUAAAUAAAAUAAUUUAUUUCUAA